UGCAAAAUCUCUCUCUCUCUCUCUCUCUCUCUCUCUCUCUCUUCAAUGGCGGAGUCGCAGCAAGCAGAGCUGUUUGAACUCAGCAAUGGAAGCAUGGUGGUGAAGAUCAGCAACUGGGGCGCCACCAUUACUUCCCUCCAUGUCCCUGAUGCCAACGGAAAUCUUGCGGACGUCGUUCUUGGAUUCGACACGCUCGAACCUUAUCUGAAAGGAGCUGCACCUUACUUUGGCUGCAUUGUUGGUCGCGUUGCAAAUAGAAUCAAAGAGGGGAAGUUCACACUCAAAGGGAAGGAGUAUUCUUUGCCCAUCAAUAACCCGCCCAACAGUCUCCAUGGUGGGCACAAGGGUUUUGACAAAGUGAUAUGGGAAGUUGUGGAACGGAAAGAUGGUGAAAUGCCAUCAAUCACCUUCAAAUAUCACAGUCGUGAUGGUGAAGAAGGUUACCCUGGAGAUGUUACUGUAACUGCAACUUACACUCUCACUGCAAAGACGACAAUGAGACUUGACAUGGAAGCCGUGCCUGAGAACAAGGCCACUCCAAUUAGCUUAGCCCAACACACCUACUGGAAUUUAGCAGGACACCACUCCGGAAAUGUCCUCGAGCAUUUAGUCCAGAUAUGGGCAUCUCAUGUAACACCUGUUGAUCAGUAUACAGUUCCGACAGGCGAAAUCAUGCCAGUUAAAGGUACCCCCUUUGACUUCACAGCUGAGAAAAAGAUUGGUAGCAGGAUCAGUGAGGUCCCUGGCGGGUACGAUCACAACUACGUGCUUGAUUGCGGGGAAGAGAAAUUGGGCUUGAAGCACGCGGCCAAAGUGAAGGACCGGUUGAGCUCGAGGGUCUUGAAUAUAUGGACCAAUGCACCUGGUGUUCAGUUUUACACUGGAAACUACGUCAAUGGUGUGGUUGGUAAAGGUAGAGCUGUUUAUGGAAAGCAUGCAGGGCUCUGUUUGGAAACUCAGGGAUUCCCAAAUGCCAUAAAUCAGCCGAACUUCCCAUCUGUUGUGGUGCAACCAGGCGAGAAGUAUAAGCAUACCAUGCUGUUUGAGUUCUCUGUUGAAGAUCAAUGAUUUUCAACGAAAUGUGGAUUGAUGAAGAAGGUGAUCUUUUAUCCGGCUUUUUACCUCAUUUGGGUGUGUUUUAGCUUAAGUGUUGAUAAAAUAAUGAUAAAUAAAAGAAACCAAUAUAUGAAAUCUAGUUAUCUGUUUUAUAGAUACUGUGAUUAGAAGAAAAACAAUUCUAUCA